CCGCCGAGCUCGCUCGCUAGAGCGGCGGCGGGCAGGCAGGGCAGCGCCUGUAACUGGAAACCAGCGCCGGCUCCGUCACCGCGCGGCAGCUCCAUUCACUCCUAAGGUUUUGUUUCUUGGAUAUUAAGUUGCAAAACUGAAGAGAUGGCCUUUCUUGCAGUGCACGUGUUGAUUGGGAUAUUUAUUUACUUUAGCAGUGUAAAAGGAUCUUCCCAGCCUCAAGCAAGGGUGUUCCUAACGUUCAAUGAGCUGCAAGAAACUAAAACCUCUGAAUAUCACAGAAUAUCCCACAGUCCCCUGGAUUACCGGAUAUUAUUAAUGGAUGAAGAUCAGGAUCGGAUCUACGUGGGCAGUAAAGAUCAUAUUCUGUCUUUGAAUAUUAACAAUAUAAGCCAGGACCCUCUCAGUAUUUCCUGGCCAGCAUCAGCAAACAAGGUUGAAGAGUGCAAAAUGGCUGGCAAAGAUCCUACACAUGGCUGUGGAAACUUUGUGCGUGUGAUACAGUCGUACAACCGCACACACCUGUACGUCUGCGGCAGCGGCGCCUUCAGCCCCGUGUGCGUGUAUGUCAACAGGGGACGCAGGUCUGAGGAACAAAUCUUCAAGAUCGACUCCAAGUGUGAAUCAGGAAAAGGACGCUGUUCUUUCAACCCCAACGUGAACACGGUGUCUGUUAUGAUCAAUGAAGAGCUUUUUUCAGGAAUGUAUAUUGAUUUCAUGGGGACAGAUGCAGCCAUUUUUCGGAGUCUGACCAGGAGGAAUGCAGUGAGAACUGACCAGCACAACUCCAAGUGGCUAAGUGAGCCAAUUUUUGUGGAUGCUCAUGUUAUCCCAGAUGGCACUGACCCCAAUGAUGCCAAAAUCUACUUCUUCUUCAAAGAGAGACUCACAGACAACAGCGGCAGCACAAAGCAAAUUCAUUCAAUGAUUGCAAGAAUAUGCCCAAAUGACACAGGUGGUCAACGGAGUCUUGUGAACAAGUGGACAACAUUCUUGAAAGCAAGACUUGUGUGCUCCGUGAUGGAUGAAGAUGGAACAGAAACGUAUUUUGAUGAAUUAGAGGAUGUGUUUCUUUUAGAGACAGAUAACCCCAGAACAACGCUUGUGUAUGGAAUUUUUACAACAUCAAGCUCCAUAUUUAAAGGCUCAGCCGUGUGUGUGUAUCAUCUGUCUGACAUCCAGACCGUGUUCAAUGGGCCAUUUGCACACAAGGAGGGCCCAAACCACCAGCUGAUUCCAUAUCAGGGCAGAAUUCCGUACCCGCGACCUGGCACCUGCCCGGGAGGAGCCUUCACACCUAAUAUGCGGACAACAAAAGAGUUUCCAGACGAUGUUGUGACCUUCAUUAGGAAUCACCCUUUGAUGUUUAAUCCCAUUUACCCAAUACACAAGAGGCCGUUAAUCAUCCGCAUAGGAGCCGACUACAAGUAUACAAAGAUUGCUGUGGAUCGAGUGAAUGCUGCUGAUGGAAGAUACCAUGUCUUGUUUCUUGGAACAGAUCAAGGAACUGUACAGAAAGUUGUUGUCCUACCCACGAACUUCUCUGCAAGUGGAGAACUCAUUUUAGAAGAGUUGGAAGUUUUUCAGAGUAAUUCUCCUAUAACAACAAUGAAGAUUUCAUCUAAAAAGCAACAGUUGUACGUGAGCUCAGAUGAAGGGGUCACCCAGGUGUCCCUCCAUCGCUGCCACAUCUACGGGACCGCCUGUGCCGACUGCUGCCUGGCCCGAGAUCCCUACUGCGCCUGGGAUGGCAACUCCUGCUCCAGGUUUUAUCCCACAGGAAAAAGGAGGAGUCGCAGGCAAGAUGUGAGACAUGGAAACCCUCUGACUCAGUGCCGAGGUUUCAACCUGAAAGCAUAUAGAAAUGCUGCAGAAAUAGUUCAGUAUGGAGUGAAAAACAACACCACCUUUCUGGAAUGCACACCUAAAUCUCCUCAGGCUUCUAUUAAGUGGCUGCUACAGAAAGACAAUGACAGGAGGAAAGAGGUCAAGCUGAAUGAGAGGAUCAUAGCUACUGAGCAAGGACUCCUCAUUCGCUCUGUGCAGGACAGUGACCGGGGGCUUUACCACUGCAUCGCGACGGAGAACAGCUUCAAGCAGACCUUGGCAAAGAUCAACUUCAAGGUGUUGGAUUCAGAGAUGGUGGCCGUCAUGACUGACAAGUGGUCCCCUUGGGCCUGGGCCAGCUCAGUGCGAGCACUGCAGUUCCACCCAAAGGACUUUGUGGGAGCUUUCAGCCACUCCGAGAUGCAGAUGAUUAACCAGUACUGCAAAGACAGCAGACAGCCAAGUCAGCAGAGGGAAGAAUCCCAGAAGAUGAGAGGUGACUACAGCAAACUGAAGGCCCUCAUCAAUAGCAGGAAAAGCAGAAAUAGAAGGAAUCAAUUACCUGGAUCUUAAUUUUAUUUUAUAGUAAUAGGUAUCUUUCUCCUCACUGUAGGGGGCUUAUAUUUGUCUGUUGAGAACAAAUUUGAGCAAAUAUGAUAAAAAAAUUAAAUGAAAAGCCAACAAGCCUUGGAAAAGAUCUCUCUCCCAAUGAAAUGCAGUGUAACUUAUCUAAAGAAAAUAACGUAGAGCAUUUUUUUUCCUAGAUGCUUACUGACACUAGGCUGG